AUGCAAGAACUCUGCAACCCACUCCGCUGCGACGAUGGAACUCUCGCCGCGGACAGCGCCCUAUCUCGAUGGGGCCAACUGCUCGUGGAAGCGUCUACCAAAAUAGACCGACCGGCGGACAAUCCAACGCGGUAUGCCAGGUGGAUGCAGGCUGCUGGUUUCAAGAAUGUGGGGACUGUCGUGUACAAGUGGCCAACUAAUCCCUGGAGUCAAGACGAGGGCGAGAAACUGAAGGGAUUGUGGAAUUUGUACAACGUCCUGGAAAGGCUGCCUGAGUUUACGAGUAUGUUGCUUACCAAGGUGCUGGGGUGGCGCCAGGAAGACAUCCAUUCUUUGUUGGUGGAUGUACGUGCUGAGUUGCAGGAUCCUAAAGUGCAUGCUUAUUGGCCAGUGUAUGUCGUUUACGGGCAGAAACCGCUGUCUGAGACAGACCAGAUCUAG